AUGGCUGUGUUAUCAAAAAAACCCGAUUUGGAUCGGAUCGGAAUUUUUCGGGAAAUGAGCUAUCAUACUAUCAGAGACCCAUACACCUCAGGAAUAAAUAUAGUUGGGAACGCCGACGCUCAUAAGGGUCGUCAAAUGCUCGUUGGUGGAAAGAAAGAAAAAAGUGCACUUUCGGAUGGCUACUUCGAUGUGUUUAAACGGGUAUUCACCGGCGAUUAUCGUGUGGAUUACGGAAGCAUUAUCCGAAAACAAAGAAUUUCGUCCAAAAAGUUGAACAAAGGCAAAGACUGGGUGCCCACUUCAUACCUGAAGAAGAUCGAUGGUCUUGGGAGUUCAUAUGGGACAUUUAGUGGACCUGUUCCUUACCUGAAACCAACAACCGUUCAAUUUCACUCCAAAACCUCUCAUUUAAAGAACAUAACAACUAGCUCUGGGAAGAAGGGCUCUGGGUCGUUCCCGGAUAUCGGCUUCACUCCCUAUCCCAGGCACAGCGCUGAUCCCUUCGACAGAGCAGAGAAAAUAGCGGAAAAAGAGGCCGCUGCAGGACGAUCCUUAAUUGAGAAAAAGGGACCAUUUUAUCCCAGUGUUCACCCGACUUCGUUUUUUGACUCUAACCCUUUUCGUAAAGUCAAGUUACCCCGGCGCACACAGUCUGCAUACUCCAAUAAAAGUUCAAAAGCUCCGAUACCUUUCAAGCCAACAAGCCCUAGUAAAUCGGAUGGAGGCUGCAAAGAUGGCUGUUUUGAUAAAUUCCCGACUUACAUGUCAGGUGUUGUGCGAAAUUCAAAGGUAUCUGCGAAAUCGGCUCCUGUAUUCCGUCCAUCAUACGGUCCUUUACCGUAUCCCACCACGUCAAUAGUAGAUCAGAAUAUCAAACGAGCAAUAAAUUCGGCGAACUAUAAAAAUGUUCGGGGUGUUGUUUACCUCUGA